AUGUUACAACAACCUCAACACCAACUUUUUGAUAAAAAUUCACCUUUACGAAGUUCUCUACGUAAACACCGUGUUGAUGCCAACGGUAAACAACAAAGAUCCCCUUCCGGUCGAAAAACUGUUUCUUUUUGUUCUUCACAAAAUGCAGAAAAUAAACGUUUACUUGUUUCUAAUGUUGCCGACUGUUUUGCUUUAAUGCAGGCAGGCACUGAAUUGAUAAAAUUAAGAACAAAUGUUAGACAAUUUAGAAGAAUAUUUUCUUUAGAUGCAGAUAUGGCAUAUAUUCGUUGGACACCUUCAAAUAAAAAACCUCACAAAGCUAGAAUUUCAAUUGAUUCAAUAAAAGAAGUUCGUGUUGGGUGGAAUUCUGAAUUACUUAGAUUAACUGAACCAAUUGUUUCUCUUGAAAUUAAUGAAGAAUGUGCAUUUUCUAUAAUUCAUGGGGAUGAGCAUGAAUGUUUAGAUUUAAUUGCUUUAAAUGCGAGUGAUGCUAAUAUUUGGAUUACGGGGUUAAUUGCUUUAGCAAGUGAAGGAGUUCCUUCAAUUAGAGGGAGGGAUGUUAGUGGAAGUUUAUAUUCUUCCCCAGCAAAUUUACGUGAAAGAUGGCUGUCUUCUUCUUUUAAAGAAAUUGAUCAAGAUAUUAAGGGUUAUAUAAGUGAAAAAUCGGCUGUAAGGCUUAUUCAUUCAUUAAAUAAUCGUUUACUUAUUUCGAGAAUUAAACAGAAAGUAAAAGAAUCAAGUAAUUUAAAUGAAAUACAAAAAGGAAGAAUUGAUGAAACACAUUUUAUUGAUGUUUAUAAGGAUUUGGCUACUAGACCUGAAAUUUAUUUUUUGAUGGUUAGAUAUGCAAAUAAAGAUUAUUUAAAUAUUAAUGAUUUACAAUUAUUCCUCGAGACAGAGCAAGGCCUUUCUGGAAUAACUACACAAUUUUGUGAAGAUUUAAUAGAUCAAUGUGAACCUUCAAAUGAAGCUAGAGAAUUAAAUAUAAUGACUGUAGACGGAUUCUCUAAUUUUUUACAUUCCCAAACAAAUUCUGUUUUUGAUCCCUUGCAUUUAAAUGUUUGCCAAAAUAUGGAAAAACCUUUUUCUAAUUAUUUUAUUUCAACAUCUUUUAAUACUUAUUUGGUAGAAGAUCAAUUAAGAGGGCCGAGUUCUUUAGAUGGAUAUACUUCUGCAUUGAAAAGAAAUUGUCGAUAUAUUGAAUUGGAUAUUUGGGAACCCGAUGAUGGAGGAGGAGAUGAACCUGUUCUUUUUAAUGGUGGAACUUUAACGAGUAAAUUACCUUUAGGUCCUGUACUCGAUUUAAUUAAUGAAAUGGCAUUUGAAAGAACUAGAUAUCCACUCUUUAUUCGAUUAGAAUUACAUUUACAUUCAAUUGAUUGGCAACAUAAAUUAUUAAAUUUAUUGGAAUUAAAAUUAGGUUCUCGUCUUUAUCGUCCAUUAAAUGAUUCGACAGAUUGGAGUAAAGAAUUGCCAACACCCAAAAAAUUUUUAAAUAAAAUAAUUCUUUCUGGUCCUUAUUAUGGAGGAAAUGCUCCAAUAGGGGAAGUUGAAGAAGAAGACGAAUCUUCAGAAUUACUUUUACUUGCAGAAAAUAAUUUACAAAAUGAACAAACACAAAAAACUAAAAAGCGUUUAAUGCCUUUAUUGCGCGAAAUUAGGGAUUUAAUAGCUCCUUUUGCUAUUUUUGGAAGAAUUAAUGAAUGUGGAGAUUUAAAUAAAUAUUCACCUUCCCGCAAUAUUAUUUCAAUCUCUGAAAGUGAUUGUAUCCGUCUUGCCCAUUCUCAACCAAACUUUUUCUUUUCUUCUCCUCCCUCCCUUUCAUCACAAGAAGAUAUAAAUUUAAAUUCUUCAAACUCCCUCCGUCUUAUACGUGUAUUUCCAAGCCCUCAACGAAUAGAUUCUUCAAAUUUAAAUCCUCAAGAAUUUUGGAAUUUUGGUUGUCAAUUUGUUGCUUUAAAUUAUCAAACGCCUGGAUUGAUGAUGGAUUUACAAGAAGGAAAAUUUCUUGCAAAUGGAAGUUGUGGUUAUGUACUUAAACCUUCAAUAAUGAUUGAAGAAAAUUCUUCUUCCUCUACAGAAUUAAUUAAUAAUGGAACAAUUAAUAAUUUGGAACAAUCUAAAAAAUUAUCUUUAAAUCAACACCAAUCUUUAAAUAAUAACAAUAAUUUACGUUCAACACAACAAAUACUUCAUUUAAAAGUUCUUUCUGGACAACAAUUACCUAGACCUCGCGCUUCUACUGCUAAGGGAGACACAGGCCUCGAUCCUUUUGUUGUGCUUGAAGUCUUUGGCGUCCCUGCUGAUUGUGCUGAAGAACGGACAAAAACUGUUAGGUCUUCUGAUGACGAUAAUUGUUUUAAUCCAACAUUUGAUGAAAGUUUCCAAUUUUCUGUUUCUGUGCCUGAAUUGGCUUUAAUUCGUUUUUUGGUGUUAGAUGAUGAUUUUAUUGGGGAUGAUUUUAUUGGGCAAUAUACAAUACCUUUUGAUUGUUUACAGAGUGGAUAUAGACAUAUUCCUUUAUUAAAUAAUGAAGGGGAACCAAUGGAAGCAAGUACAUUAUUUGUACAUAUUGCUGUUACAAAUAAACGUGGAGGAGGGAAACCAAAAAAGAGAGGAUUAUCUGUUAAACGCAAAACAAGUAGAGUACAAACAGGAAUGAAAAUUAUUGGAAUUAAACAAAUUGAUGAAUUGUUUAAAUCGGCUAGUGGCCCUCUUGCUCAAUUUAUUGAAUUAAAAGCUGGAAUGGAAUUAGCUAUGACUGUUUGGGCAGAAGAAAGUGGAAUUGGAGUAAAAGGUACUCUUGCACAGUCAAUAGUUAAAUUACACUCAAGAGCAUCAAAAGAAUUAUCAACAACAGAUUCUUUAAAUAAUUCUUCCUCUUCUCUUUUUAUAAUUAAUAAAAAAAUUGAAAAUAAAAUUGAAAUUUUACAAUUAAAUAUAACAAAUAAUUUAAAUGUGCCUGAUCCUUUACAAAAAGCUUUUUCUGCUUUAGAUAAUUUGCUCAAACAAUGCUCUGAUAUAAAUUUAAAAUCCAAUUCUCUUUAUAUUUCUUUAAAUGAAUCGAGUAAAUUAAUUUCUGAAUACGAAUUGGGAUUACAAAAAAUAAUUUUUGAUGCCGGUCUUCGUGGUCAAAAAGCAACGCGCGCUCAAGAGAAUUUUGGUUGGAAUGUUCGGUUACUUAAAGCCCAACUUGGAUUAAUGCAAGAAACUUUUUCUGAUGCAAAACAAGUUCUUGAACAAGUUUCUGAAAGUGGAAGAGUUUUAAAUAUUUUAAGAGAAGGAGAAAAAGAAAAUAAAGAAGAGGGAGGGGAUUAAAUAAAGGAAAAAAAUUAAUUUUAAAUUGCUAAUUCCCAAUUAAUUAGUUUCUAUUAUUUUUUAAUUCUUCAAUUUAAAUUUUCUUUAUUUUUAUUUCUUUUUACUUCAUUUUUCAAUAUUGCCCAGAAAAUCUUCAAUUUUUAAUGAUCCUCAAUUUAUUUUUUUAAUAUUUUAUUGCCAUAAAUAUUUUUAUUUUACGGGGAUUUUAACUUUUUUUCUUUUUUGAUCAACAAUUCAUCAUAUUUGGGAUGUUUACUAUUCAGAUACAGACUGGAGGAUUGAUAUCUGAAUUUGUUGACACAUUUUUUUCCACAGGCUCGUCUACUGAAAAAAAAAGAUGACUUGUAAAAUGCA